CAGCGGAUUGGAGACUCGGGCAACAGGCAGGUAGCACAGCUCCCACCCAGCUUUCUAGGGACAUCGGGUUCACGGGGACUCAACGGGGGCAUCACAGGUAGCUAUACUCUGGGCACGCCAUGGGGCGUUUCAAGUAAGGGUAGCCUAGGCAUGUAGUAAGGCAGUUCAUGACCCGGGUGGUCUGUGCGCACAACAGGGACAGCUCAGGACACCGGUAGUUAGUGCACACAGCAGGGACAGUUCAAAAGACAGGUAGUUGGUGCACACAACAGGGACAGUUCAAAACAUGGGUGGUCAGUGCGCACAGCAGGAACAGUUCAAAACACGGGUGGUCAG